AUGUCCACAGCUAGCCUUGAGCAGCAACUGCAGGCUAUUAAGAAGCAAUUGGCGACCUUGUCACUAGCCCUGAACCAAACUAAUGAUCUAGUCAGGCAGCAACAAGAUGAAAUCGACACUUACACCGUCCAGAACACGGCGCAGGCCUCGGCCAUAUCGACACUGCAGGAGACAGCGUCGCAUGGCGAUACAGCGUGGAUGCUAAUGGCUACGAUCCUGGUAGUCAUGAUGACCGUUCCCGGCCUCGCGAUGUUCUACGGUGGAUUGGCACAAGCCCCCAACGUCCUGUCGACUGUGAUGCAGAGUUUCUCCAUCAUGUGCAUCGUGAGCUUCCUCUGGUUUGCGAUGGGAUUCUCUAUCGCCUUCAGCGAGGGGAACGCGUUCAUGGGCAACACGACCAACUUUUGGCUGGCACAUGUUGACGGGCACAACGUGGGAGAGGACGCGGAGAAGCUGUACAUGGUGUAUCAGAUGACCUUUGCCGUCAUCAGCGCCGCCAUCAUCUGCGGUUCCUUCGCUGAGAGGAUGCGCUACAGCGCCAUGCUCAUCUUUAUCGCCAUGUUUCCACAGAGCUGUCAUCAUCCAAUCAUCAUCAUCAUCAUCAUCAUCAUCAUCAUCAUCAUCAUCAUCAUCACCAUCAUCACCAUCAUCACCAUCACCAUCACCAUCAUCACCACCACUACCGUGGUCGGAAUCGUCAGCGGCUCCAUCUCGGGUCUCGUCACCAUCACGCCUAGCUGCGGGUACGUCGAUCAGACCGGGGCUGUCAUCAUCGGAGCCAUUGGAGGUCUCGUGUGCUUCUUCAGCAUCCAACUCAAGCAUGUCCUGGGCUACGAUGACGCGCUCGACGCGUUCGGCAUGCAUGGGAUCGGCGGUGUGGUCGGCUGCCUCCUGACGGGGCUCUUUGCCAACAAGAAAGUGACCAAGUCUGAAGCGAUCAAUGGCGCUUUCUACGGGAAGCCUUCCCAGAUCUACAUCCAGCUGUACGGAGUUGUCGUUAUCGCCAGUUACUGUGCUGUCAUGACUUUUGUCAUGCUCAAGCUCUUAGAUCUGGUCAUGAACAAGCUGAUGGGGUACGGGAUCCGAUGCUCCCCCGAGGACGAGAGCAGAGGCCUUGACAUCUCGGAGCAUGGCGAGUCGCUCAUCGUUGACACCUCUCUCUUCGGCGGCUCAAAGCUCAAGUUCAGCAGCGCCGCCAAGGGCAAGGCAACAGAGCUAGGAUGGGCCAACUCUGCGGAGGCGACGGGGCCGGAGGACGAGCCAGCAGGGGCCCAGCCCCAGCGGAUCUUCAUCAGCGAGCCAGUCACGGUUAUGACCAACAGAGUAAUGCCGCUGGUGCAGGAGGAACUCGAAUGA